AUGUCUUCUCUGGUGCUGUGCAAGGGCAAGGAUUUCCAUUUUGUUCGCCGCCAUCUCGAAGAUCCAGAGAGAGGGAGGAAUCCUCCAACCGCCCCCGCAGUUCGGGUCGUGGCAAUUCCUCUCCGAGCCCUGACCCUGGGUCACACAGAGGAAGAGCCGAAGUGUCCCGAACAAGACCCUUCGCCUUCCUUCGUCGCAAAUGUCUCCGCGACAACGCGACUCCCCCGCGGAGAUUCGCCGCUUCUCUUUGACAGCGACACAGCUGGGUCUGGAAGUGCGCUCCCCUCUUCAUCUGCCUCUUCGCCUUUCUCCCCGUCAGAGUUUCCCUCCUCGCCGCCUGUGUUCCCCGAGGAACUCUCUCGCUUCGUUCUCGCCCUCUCGCCUCCUCAUCCGGCCGCUCGUCGCGCCAGUUUGCUGGGGCCGCCCGACGCGUCCAGUGACGCCUUCAGCUUCGCCUCCGAGCCGCCUUCGCUUCUCGCAGUUCCGUGUUCGGGAAUAGAGCGCACAACGAGACCGUCGAUUCCUGCAAUUCGUGCGCCCUCUCCUUGUCGCGCUCCUGUCUCCCAGUGUCCCUUGUCCUCGCCGCCAUCGCCUCCGUCUUCCACGCCUGCGCAGAUUCCCAGCACGCCCGCCGCUUCGGUGCCUGUGCUAUCGCCACUCGCCGCCUCGCCAGCGCCUCGUCUGUGUUUCUCCGCGUCCGCCGUGCAUGCAGCUGCUUCGUCCCCGAAGGCGCCGGUUGACGCCAGCAGGGACGCACUGUUUUAUCCCUCCUACACGCGGAGAGGCUCUACCUCGACUGCUUCCCUGGGGCCGAGCUCCCGCCUGAACAGCGUGGUGGGAACCGACCCUCCUGCGAUGGACUUCAACUCGCCAGUCGAUUCAAUCAACAUCGUCUCCUUCAAUGCAGGUCUGCUCGAGUACCGCCUUUGCGGCAUCCAGGUGUACCAGAAUCCCCCUUUCACGCGAAGACGCCUCAGCCACAUUCCCAUUUCCCUCUUGGACACGAACAGCGACAUCAUUUGCCUUCAAGAAGUCUACGACGACAUUCACGCGGACUUCCUCGUCGAUUCCAUGCGCCACGUCUUCCCCUACGUUGGCAGGCGAACCUCCGGCGGACGCUUCGCGCUCCACAACGGCCUCAUGGUCUUGAGUCGCUUCCCCAUUCGUCAUACACGAUUUCAUCCUUUUCAUGACGUCACCAACAUCGAGAGACUCUUCGGCUCAAAGGGCAUGCUGGAGUGCGGCAUUGACAUUCCGGGCGUCGGUGUCGUCGCCGUCUUUAACAUUCACUUAGCCAGCGGGGCGGUUGAUCCCGAGUCCCCGUACGUGGAGGCGCUUCGCAGCGCGGAGAUCCAGCAAGUGCUCAGUGCGUGCGAAGACGCAGGCAUUCGUGGAGAGGUUCCCCUCGUCGUCGGUGACCUCAACGCAGCCCCGGACCUGUGCGCGAGCAACUACAAAUCCUUCGUGGAGCGGGGAUGGCGAGACUGCUGGCUGCAAGUCCACGGCAACCGCGAUCUUUUGUUGCGUCACCACCUCGUGCAUCAGCAGCAAAUGCUUCUGCAACACGACUUGCAUCCAGACCUCCUCGAGGAACGCCAGAGGCAGGUUCGGCUCGAGCUCGAACACCUGCUCCAGCAACACAAAAUUCAGCAGCGGAUGCUCGCCGACGACGUGCGUGGCCCCCACGCGCGGGCGACGCAUCGUCCCGGAAACCGCGGCGAGAGGCAAGCUGAGACGCAGCACCCGGCGUCGAACGCGCAAACGCAGAGGUCGAGGAGCCUCGGAACUGCGCUAGGCCAGACAACAGACGCAGCUGGGAGAGACGGCAGCAACGGCGUGCGCACUCACCUGUACGAGGAGACGGAGAUGCGGGCGAUGCCACAGGGAGACGAACGCGGGCUCGAAGGCACAGUGCAGCCGCUUGGCUUCAGCAGCGCUGCGGGACACGCAGGCCGAGAGCGGAGCAUUUCCGGAGGCGAGCGCGCGAGGAAGUUCCUCGAGGCAGAACUGCGCGACGGGUACCAUCCGCUUCCCCCGAACGGAGACAGUGGGGCGCGGGACUUUCCGGUCGGAGACAGCAAAGGCGAAACCCGGGAGGCUCUGCUUCGGUCAGGGCGAAGCGGCGCUUUUCCUGCGCACGUGGCGGUGGAAAUGGGGGCGUUUCCGGGGUGUUCAUCGCCGUUCGAUGUGAACUCUGGAGAGGCGCCGCUGACGCCUCAGACUGCGCAUACUGCAUCGACAGCCGCUCCGUCCACGAGACCGCUCACGGAGGCAGGCGAGCGGGACGCACAGAAGCCUUCGAAUCGGAAGGCGAGUCUCCGAGAUCUGGAAACGGGAGACGGCGGACAUGCGGACGAAGAAGGCGAAGGGAAUCAGGCGACAGGCGACGCAGGGUCGAACGGUCUCACCGCCGCAGACCCCCCGCAGCGCCUGCUCGCUGAGGCUCUCAUCACCACCCAACAAGUGGAGCUGAACGUGAGACAUGCGCGACGAUCCGCAGGGUGGGAAAGCCUAGGCCGAGGCGGAUCCGCGAUCGGCGCGGAGGACUCCGAGGCGACGACGACAGACGACGCGGAGGAGUGGCUGUUGCGGCGAAAGUCUGGGGAGCGCACCACGCGCCCUGGAUCUGGGCCGGUGCCGCGCUGUGCGUACCGGGCGUCUUCGCUGCUUUCGACUGCGUCGCUGGGGCGCGUGACGACGCAAGGCCGCGACGACGAGGAAGAUGAGGACUGGACUCCGAGGGAGGAUUUCACGUGGGAUCCUCAAAACCCUCUGAACUCGAUCGGGCCCCACGCGGGAUGUCACGGCCUGCGUUGCGACUACGUCUUCUUGCCUCCGCAGCGCCUCUCGGGGGCUCUGCGCGACUUUGUCCCGGUCUCGGGAGAGAUUCUUCUGCGGGAGCCGCGCGUUAUGGUAGACGCCUGCUGCUUCGGCUGCCUCGGCCAAGUCAUGCUCGUGACACUAAGUGAUCACUACGCGCUGAAAAUCUCCCUGCGCCGAUCCUGCGUGGACGUCACCCUGUCGCAGAGCCCGAGCAUGGUGAUCGCGCUCAAGGAGGCGAAUCUGUUUUGCGGGCUUCCUGGCGCCGUCUUCACCGACGAAGAAGAAGGCGAGGAAGACCUCGAGGAGAGAAGCGUGGAGGACGAGGGAGAGCGAGCGGUGAAAGGUGCGGGCGCGGCCGCGCAGGCGGAGGGGAGCAAGGGAGGAAGAAACGACACAUCCGCGGAUGCGGCGGGAGAGGCGCGCUGCCACGCUCACUGCUUGCUCACUGACGAGGGCGAACGCGGACAGUAA